AUGCUGUCUCCUCGCUUCACUCCCAAGUUUAUCAACAGCCGAAUUCCUCGACGGUCUCGUCGCGUCAGCUCUACUGUCAAAAAGAGCAAUUACUUCGAGGACGAUGAUUCGGAUGAUCCGCUAGCAAACAAGAGUUCCAAGAAGUCAAAGGGCACGUCAGGACCUCGAGGUAAGCGUAAGACAGAAGAGUUGGAUGAGGUCUCUGAUGAGUAUAAGGAAGACAGUGCGGCUGGACAAGACGAAGAUGAUGCAGACGAAGAGGAGCCCGAGGAGGAUCAAGAUCAGAAUGAAUUUGCAACCAAGGUAACUGUGCCUCAUUUCUCGGCCGCGUGUAAAAGCACCGAUGCAAACAUUGCCCUGAAGGCUUUCGCUGCUCGAAAUAAAGAGAAUGCCAUGAAAGCUAGACCGAAGGUAUCGCUCCUCAAUAGCAUAGUCAGGCCAGACCCUAACGUGGAUGGCGAAUUUGAUUCUGGCGACGAUGAGGAAGAAUGA